AUGCUGGAGGAAGCUGCUCCCCAACCGGAGGCUUGUGGUCUCCCGUUCGCAAGCCUGAAACCAGAUACGGCUUACAGCAUGUGUGACGAUCCAGUAUGCAUCGUCGGUCUAGCCUGUCGGCUCCCGGGGGACAUACAGUCUCCGUCUGAGCUAUGGGACUUCAUCAUGAAGAAGAGAUCCGCCCAAGGGCCAUUGCCUGCCAUGCGCUUCAACAUGAAGGGUUUCUACCACCCAGAUACUGCGCGCGCUGGUGUAAUGGGCGCUGAUGGUGGCUAUUUCCUACAGCGAGACGUUCGCAAGUUUGAGAAUAGCUUCUUCGGAGUCAACAACUUGGAAGCAACAUAUAUGGAUCCGCAACAGCGCCAACUGCUCGAGGUUGUCUACGAGUGUUUCGAAAACGCCGGAGUGUCUUUGGAGAAUAUUUCAGGCUCCAAUACUGGCGUUUAUGUCGGGAAUUUCACGAUGGAUUUCCAAACUAUGCAGACACGAGAUCCAGACUACGGGUCAAGAUAUACAGCAACGGGCACGGGCACGGCUAUCUUGGCAAACAGAAUCAGCCACAUUUUCAACCUGCAUGGCCCAAGCUUCACACUGGAUACGGCCUGUUCUUCAUCAAUUUACUGUCUUCACAAUGCAGUUCGUGCGAUUCAGUCCGGGGACUGUGACAACGCCAUUGUCGCCGCAGCGAACCUCAUCACGUCACCAGAGCAGCAUUUAGGCACGAUGAAAGGCGGAGUGCUGUCACCUACGUCCACUUGUCAUACAUUCGAUGUAUCAGCCGACGGCUAUGGACGUGCGGAAGGAGUUAAUGCAAUAUAUCUGAAGAAACUAUCGAGUGCACUGAAGGACGGCGACAAGGUCUGGUCCGUAAUUCGAGGCACAGCCAUCAAUGCGAACGGAAAGACAGCAGGUAUUGCUCAGCCAAACGCUGUUCUUCAGGAAGCUGUUAUACGAAAGGCGUACUCAGAUGCUGGGCUGAGAUUCGGUGACACGGACUACGUUGAAUGCCACGGAACUGGAACGGCUGUUGGUGAUCCGAUUGAAGUAGAUGCUCUUGCAUCUUGUUUCACUCCGCGAUAUAGAACUCCGCUGCUGAUCGGUUCGGUGAAAACGAACCUCGGACACAGUGAAGCCGCUAGUGGCCUGACAUCACUUAUCAAAGUGUCCCUUGCAUUCGAAAAUGACCACAUUCCACCGACAUAUGGCGUGAAAACGCUGAACCCAAAACUGAAACUCGACGAAAGAAAUUUCAUGGUUGUGACGGAUCCUCAAAAAUGGCCGGGGGAGAUCCGCCGGGCUAGCAUCAACUCCUUUGGCUACGGAGGAGCUAAUGCCCAUGUUAUCCUGGAGUGUGCAAAAAGCUACCUCAGGACCCUUACACCAAGUAGAGACAUGCCCACGGAAUCCAUACCGCGAGUGCUCGUACUUCCUGUAUCUGCUGCUUCUAGGAAAUCCCUGGAGAUGCGCAUCGAGCAAGUCCGCCAGCUGGCCUGUCACUCGAAUAAACAUACAAUGAAGCGACUGGCAUUCACACUCAGUCAGCGCCGAAGCUCGCUGGUGACCAAGCGCCAUCUUUUAGUGCAGGCUUGCGAGGAUGGAUCAUUCAAGUACAUCGAAGAUACCAAACUGGAAACAGCCGAAUCUACUCCAACAGCAGCUUUACCGUUAGCAUUUGUAUUCACAGGUCAGGGUGCGCAGUAUGCUGGGAUGGGCAAGGAACUACUGAGUACUGAUGAGACGUUUCUGGCUACCAUUCGUCAGCUAGACCAGGUUCUGAAAGCAAUCGCAGCUCCGUAUGGCCCUGAGUGGAGUCUUGAACAAACUAUGCUCGACCCGCCAGACCACAGCCAAGUGCACCACGUAACACGGAGCCAGCCUCUAUGUACAGCAAUACAGAUUGGUCUUGUGAAGAUACUGCGUGCCUGGGGAAUCAGCGCCCAUGCCGUGGUUGGCCAUUCUUCGGGCGAGAUCGCGGCGGCUUAUGCUGCUGGCCUCCUCACAGAGUCGCAAGCGAUCAAGGUGGCUUAUUUUCGGGGAUAUGCUGCGGAUAAACUCCAAAGCGUGGGUGCAAUGAUGGCCGCGGGUAUUAGCGCUGACGCUGCCUCCAAUAUGAUCAGCGAAAAAGGACUCGAUGGACAGGUCUGUGUGGCUUGCGUCAACUCGCCCAUGAGCGUCACUCUGAGCGGCGAACCAGAAUGCUUGAGCAUUCUGGAGGCGGCGCUGAAAGGUCAGGGCAUGUUCGCCCGCAAAUUGGAAACUGGAGGCCGUGCUUACCAUUCAUAUAUGAUGCAAGAGAUUGGCGACCUGUACGAACAGCUACUCAAACAGCCUCUUGAGGAUAUUCAAACAGGUCCGUUGGCGGCGACGAUGUUCUCUUCAGUCGGGCACACGGAUGAAUCUCUUCGAACUUUUGGAGAGUCGUUCAACACGACCACGUACUGGCGGGAGAACCUCGAAAAGCCCGUGCAGUUCAAUGGCGCGUUGACUAACUUGCUAGCUGAGAAAAAUUUCCACAUAAUAGAAAUCGGACCUCAUUCGGCUUUGAAAGGGCCUAUCCAACAAGUCCGGGCCGGACUCAGACUCAGCAACCAACAACUUCCCUAUAACUGCACUCUAGUCAGAAAUAUCGAUGCAGGCAUUAGCCUCAAGAAUCUUGCUGGCAACCUUUUCAUCGGCAGCCACAAGCUCAACUGGUUCAGUGUCAAUGGUCUGCCCAGGUCGGGUUUAACUCAUCUCCACGACCUCCCGCCAUAUCCCUGGGAUUAUCCUGAAGUGCUUUUCCAUGAACCACGUCCGAGUCACGAUCUUCGGCAACGAAAAUACAUACGACAUGAGUUGCUAGGUUCAAAACAGCUUGCCGGCGACGGUAUACAAUGGAGUUGGCGGAAUAUUCUACGCCUCAGCGAAAUGCCGUGGAUCAAGGGUCAUAAAGUUGACAACCAAGUCGUCUUUCCCGCUACCGGUUAUCUUUCCGUUGCAAUAGAGGCGCUAUCCCAAAUACUAGGUAUCAAGGAUGCGAUAGCAGACCAGUGCACCGAAUCGUCCACUGUCUUUAAAUUCGCAAAAGUGAACAUCGCUGCAGCCUUGGUCAUACAAGCAGACGACGAAACCGGCAAGAAAACCACCGAGCUUCAUACCACAAUGUUUCCAAGACGUAUAUCAACAUCUGCGACAUCUUCAACUUGGUAUGACUUCAUCAUUGUUUCUUGGAUAGCAGGUCAAUCCACCGUCCACUGUACUGGCGGGUUGCGAGUUGAAGAUAUCCAAGACCUCCACGGCACUGUGAUAGUCCCUGACGCCGAACAGUUUGAGCUGUGGGCUCCUGAUUCAUGGUAUGAAAAGGGCAAAGAAGAAGGCCUUUGGUUUGAAGGGGACUUCAAGUCCCUUACAAGUCUACGCACUGAUGGCAAUAGGGUCAGGCCAGAGAGUAUCUGUACCACAAGGUUGAUCCCAUCGUGCGCCAACGACAAAAACGCCAUGGUAUAUCCUGUACAUCCAAUCACUAUCGAUGCUUGUCUACAGGCAUCAAUAAUGGGUGGAACAGGAGGUAACUUGGGUGCUCUUAAGGCACAUCUCCCUGUUUUCAUCUCGGAAGCUCGAAUCAGAUCUCUUGGGCGCAAUGUGCCCGACUGCGAAGCGUUGAUCCACACGAGAUCCGCCAAGACUGGUCUGUCGUCUCAAAGAAUAGACGCCACACUUCGCGAUUCUCUUGGUGCGCCCGUGGUUGACCUGAAGGAUGUGCGCUUGUCGCUCUAUACGUCCAAAACGGUAGACGACUUGGAUAGCACAGAGUCAAAGCUGUUGCGCCACCCGUGUCUUCGCACUAGUUGGAAACCAGACAUUACCACAGUGCACAGUAACGUCCAAGAUCAAUUCAAUAGAUACAUCAUUGAACAUUGCCGCCGAUAUCUCCCAGAGUCGGAACACAUCAGCUCUCUGGCGGCAAUCGCAGCCCUGGUCGAUCUAGUAGGACAUAAGAACCCAAGUUCCCAAGUCGUCGAGAUCAGCAAACGUUCUACGAGCUGCGAAGAAGAUGUGUACAUUUUCGAUCGAGUGCUGGGAAAGGACACUGAGUUCCCGCGAUGUCGUUCUUAUCGAGUCAUUGGGCCCGAUGCGGAAGGACAAAUACAAGGCGACGCCAAUGGAACCUUCGAUCUUGCGGUGCUUCCUGACGGUAUUCUGUCCCAGCAAUGUUGGAUCCGGUGCCCAAAGAAGUUGAGCUCGAUUGUCAGUGACACUGGAAUCAUCGUUGGCAUCAAAACGGAUGAGGCGCUCUUCCAUCUGCAGGCUGCCAAAUUCGAAGUUGUAGAAGUCGUCGGGAAUGUAUUUCUCGCAACAGCGCCAGCCAAGAAUACCAACUCUGGAGGCGGUGACGUUUUUCUUGUGGUCCACCAUCCCUCACCCGCAGUCCUAGAGAUGGCAGUAUGCUUGAUUGACUUCCUGCAGAAGAGUUUAUGUGGGUGCAAAAUAGACAUCGUCGAUUUCGAUCAGCUGGAUAGUCGUACACUCAGCGAGAAGAGUAUAUGUGUAUCCAUGAUAGAGGUUGAGCACGAGUUACUCCCUACCAUGAGCGCAACGGACAUGAACCUCCUCCGCAGAAUGACCGACAACGUGGUCAACUUGCUAUGGCUGACUGGCGCCAGUAUGCUGGACAGCCCUAAGCCCGACCUGACGCUAUCAUAUGGCCUUUCGCGUGCUCUUAUGCUUGAGCAACCAUCUUUGCACUUCUCGGUGAUGGAUAUCGGGCGCAUCGGGACUUCGCUCUCUGACACUCGGACUACCUGCAAUAACAUCAUCAGGUCAUUGCUUCGAUACACUGACGGCAACGACAAAGAGUUUACCCAGAAAGAUGGGCUGUUGUAUGUCAGCCGCUUCGUCCCAGACAUGAAACUCAAUGAGUUGUUCUGUCGUCGUCUUGAAAACAUUGAGCGUGUUAAACACGAGCCUCUACACCAGACCGCCCCGGCAAGACUAGACAUUAGUCAAGUCGGGCACAUCGACUCGCUUCAUUAUCAGGAGUUGAGAGAGCCCCUCACCCGCCUUCCAGCGGGGUUCAUCGACGUUGAAGUCAAGGCAUUCAGUCUGAAUGCCAAAGAUGUAUAUGCUUUGAAUGGGCGUGUAGAAACAAAGACAGCAACUAUAGGUUGUGAGUUCAGUGGUAUUGUUCAAUCCGUGGGACUAGAAGUCACCGGUUUAGAACCAGGCGAUAGGGUUGUUGUGAUGGCACCGAACCAUCUCUCCACUCUAGAGCGUGUACCGGCAUGGGCAGCACAUAAGAUAUUGCCUGGUGAAGACUUUGCGACAAUGGCUAGUCUUCCAAUAGUCUACUCCUCAGCCAUGUAUGCUCUCUACGAUCGAGCGCACUUGCGAGCGGGAGAGUCAGUGUUGAUCCACUCGGGCGCUGGCGCUCUCGGACUGGCUUUGAUCAACAUUGCUCAACGCGUUGGCGCCGUUGUCUAUACUACUGUGGGCUCGUUAGCGAAACGGGACUACUUGGAACGUGAGUUUGGGAUACCAAGUACUCAUAUCUUUUCUUCCCGUGACAGCUCCUUCUUGGAAGGAAUCAGAAAGAUAACUGAGGGCCGUGGUGUCCAUGUUGUGGUCAACUCGCUCGUUGGCGACCUCAUGCAUGCCAGUUGGGAGUGCAUCGCUCAGUUUGGAAGGUUCGUGGAGGUCGGCAAGCGUGAGCUGAUUGAUGCUGGCCAGCUGAAUAUGCAUGCGUUUCUCAAAAACGCGACCUUCACAGCAUUUGAUCUUUCGGAACUGUUCUACCAGAAUGAUUCGUUCUAUCAUGAGAUAUGGGCCAGCAAGAUAAGUGAGACACUUGCAUUGUAUCGCUCAGGUCAAAUCAAACCCACGCCUCUUGAGAAGUUUGACGUGGCGGAUGUUGCGCGGGCGUUUCGAUACUUCUCGGCUCGGGAGCGGAUCGGAAAAGUUGUCGUCUCGCUCGAGGAUCCUAAGAGUAUCAUUCCUGUUGCGCCCGCGAAGUAUUAUACUAUAUUUAAUCCAGAUAAGAUAUACCUACUUGUGGGCUGUCUUGGGGGCCUGGGCCGCAGCUUAAGUCGUUGGAUGAUGGCUCGUGGUGCAAGGAGGUUCUGUUUCUUGGGCAGAUCCGGUUCUGACAAGCCGCCUGCGCAAGCUUUAGUCAAUCGACUUCGUACCGCGGGUGCAACCGUACACGUAGUACGCGGCGACGUCUCCCAUGCAUCCGAUGUCGCUGCUUGCGUCAAAGCCUGCAAGGAUACUGGGCACCCUAUUGGAGGUGUUAUUCAGGCAGCGAUGGGACUUCACGAAGCCCUUUUCAGUCGUAUGAGCAAUACCGCAUGGCAGACCUCUAUUCAACCAAAGUGGGCUGGUACAUGGAACUUGCAUAACGCUCUUGAAGGGGAGGCGCUGGACUUCUUUCUUCUGACUUCUUCUAUGUCAGGCAGUGUUGGAACUGCCACUGAGAGCAAUUACUGUGCAGCAAAUGGCUUUCUCGAUGCUUUUGCCCGUUGGCGCCGAUCUCAGGGGCUUCCCGCCGUUUCGGUCGGACUCGGUAUGAUUUCAGAGGUGGGCUAUCUGCACGAGAAUCCCGAAAUCGAAGCCCUACUUCUGAGAAGGGGAAUUCAACCCUUGAACGAAGAUGAAUUUCUGCAGGUCAUAGACAUGUCUCUUGCUCUAGACUCACCUAGCGGCGUGGAUGAGUCCCAUGUACUGACGGGCCUCGAAACCUUUGGGUUCCGCAAACUGAUGGCUCGUGGGUUCGACGUCGACUUUGAGGUUGUACAGGAUGCACGCAUGUCGGUCUUGUCCGCCGCAGUUGCGGCGGAGAAAGAAGCGUUCAAGCGGACAGCAGGCCAGUCCCAGCUGGUAGACCGGUCGAACCUCGAGGCGGCAGCCCCCUGGUUCAAGACCAUACCGGCCAAUGUCUUUCACACGUUUGCUCAAGAACCCGAUGCUUUGUCGAUAGGGGAGGCUGUUCUGAGCUUGACGAAGAAACGGUUCUCAAACCUGAUUCUUAUGCCAAUAGAUCAGAUAGAUGACCGUAAGCCUCUUUCGCAAUUCGGCGUAGAUAGCAUGAUUGCGGCUGAGUUUCGGACCUGGUUCUGGAACAGCUUCAGAGUUGACGUGCCUUUCCUCGACCUUCUAAGUCCUCAGAAGGACUUGAGCAGUCUGGCCGAGUUCGUGGUGAAUGGCGUGGUCAUUGGCAAUAAAUCUGGCACUGUCUAA